CCAGUAUAUUCUACACACAGCUGAGAAAAUACAGCAAACGGCGAUUGUGAAGUCACAAUUUGCUAUUUAUUAUUUAAUCCGUCAAUGAAUUAAGUAAUUUUUGCAAAUACGUUCUAAAUUUAUAGACACACAAAACCAUAUUUGCAAUCCAUUAACAUCCCUGUUUUCACACAAAUUUUUAAUUAAUUAAAGUAAAUUCGCCCCCCAACCAAAAUGGGAAGGUUAUCGAAAGUAAAGAUACAUAUGAGAGCGGUAAGACUUAAAAAAUAUCAGGCGAAUAAGCAACAACAACCUGCCCCACCCCCAAUUUCCACCGCAGAAGGUUUGGAGGUCAAACUCGAAUUUAGCGAGACUGAUGAAAUGGAUCUCGAUUUUGAAAGUGUCCCUGAAAUGGGGGAAAGUGGUGUCGCAAAUGAUAAUGACCUGCACUUAUCGCCUGCACCUACGGAAGUACAAGGGUCACCACCUAAAAGGUCAAGGUUCACCCGAGAAACGAAGGAAAACACCAAUCUGCCCUGCCUCUUGUGCCGAACCCUCACCCCAAAUCUUCCCCCUUUUCCGGAAUCUGACAUGGUCCAAUCCGGCGCCCGGGUGAUCUUCCUGCUCCGGCAAAUCCUUACAUUUCCCUCCGUCCGGUGUGCCAGUUUGUUACGGAUUUACGGUCAUCCGGCCGAGUGGGUGGUUCUCUGCGACGCCUGCGCCCCCAUGGUCAUCCAGGCGGGCGAUCUGUUCGCGGAAAUGGAAAAGCUCCGUGUCCAAUACGAUCAGUUGCGGAUCGUUUUAAAAAAUCACAUCCUCACGGACGCAAAUGAAAAGUUUGCCUAUUUGAAAAUCGACGGGGAGGAAACUAACAUAGUCCAAAGAAUCGCGAAAGCGGUCCGUUCCCAGGUCAAACGUAACGUUAAGAGGGCAGAAGAUGUCAAACUUUUCCCAAGACGUAAACCAAAACGGAGCAAAAUAAGAGGUCGCCCACCAAUGGGGGUGACAAAGGGGACAAAGACAAAGCGGCCAAUGGUGAAGAAGAAGGGGACAAACAGAACAAUUGUGAGGACAAUAAGGGGGAGAAGGAAAUUCGGAAAGCAGGAAAGGAGAAAGAACACACGAAAUAUUCCAAUUAAACCGACCCUUGAGGCUGAGCCACACCUUCCAAUUGAGCUCUACCCCACCCUAGAUUUCGCAGAUGCCCUGCUCGGCGAGGAAAUUUGUCCCCAAUUCGAGGAGGACCCGCUCAAAAUCGAACCAUUCCAGCCAAACAUUGAACUCGACGAAUUAAAAAUUGAAUCCGACGACAUAAAAAUCGAAUCUGACGAGUUAAACAUUGAACCCGACGAGCCAAAAAUCAAUGCCCCCCUUCAAAUCGAAUCCGACCCGGAUUAUCAUCCACCCGAAUCCGAAUCCGGCCAACACAAAGAUGUCGACGGCAACAACCAAGAAUUCACAAUUGCGUCAAAGAACAAACGUACCACGAGACUGGAAAAGACCGAAAUCACGAAUUUCUGUCCAAAACAAAACGUCCCCCACACCACAAGACUGGAAAAGAUGAUCAAGAUGACAAACUGCGCUCCAAAAUACGUCCCCCUAACUAAAAUAACGGCCAAGGCCAAGGCCAAGGACUCUGCUUCCACUUCGCCUCCAAAACGCGUCCCCCCUCCUCCGAAGAAAAAAAUCCCCCGAAAGAAGCCCACCACCCCCGCGGAUGACGACGCAGCCUUCUCCCUCCUCCACAUCCCCGUUACCCCGGCCUGGACCUGGCUCGACUUUGUCACGUGGCGUUCCAACCACGCCAAAGCGAAUCCCCCCACGUAUUCCAGACUUAAUCUCCCCAUCAAAACCCCUCCCUUCUCCUGGCUCGCGACCCAUUUCUCCAUCACCACCUUUCCCUGUCCCCACUGCCCCUGCAAUUUCUCCACUUUGCCCGCCUGGUACUCCCACCAACCGGCCUGCCGCCCGGAAAACCCCACCGGGUCCAAAAACCCUACCCCCAUCAGAGAAGAUACCCCUUACCCCAUCCCCGUCACGCCCACGUGGACCUGGCCCGACUUUGUCACGUGGCGGAAAACCUAUAUCCGCACCAACAUUACAAGAACUGACCCCCCCACACAAAUCCCCACCCUCGCCUGGCUCGCUGCCCACUACUCGAUUACGACUUUCCCUUGUCCCCACUGCCCCCAAAUCUUCCCCACAUUGCCCACGUGGUCGACCCACGAGCGCCUCUGCCCCCACAACGCCAACCCUGGCUACAAAUGCCCCACCUGCCAACAUUAUUUCACCAACACGACCAACCUCGAAGGCCACCAGCGCAGGAAACACUUGCCCCGCGAGGCGCUGACUUGCUCCGGGUGCGGCGUCCUCUACCUGGACAUCGUUCCCUUCACCGCGCACGUGACUGCGCCUGAUGUCGCUCCAGCCUGUCGCGAGGCUGCAAUUCCAUGCAAAAUCGGCCCCCACGUGGUGCACUACUUCCCCACCACGGCGGCAUUCGACCUCCACGUCCAGGCGCGCCACCCACCCCAGUGGGCGCUCCCAUUCGAGUGCCCCCAAUGUCCGAAGCGGUUCGGGAUGUCGACCGCAAUGGAGAGACAUAUCGCCACCAUUCAUAAUUCGACCAUUGGAGUGUGCGAAGUCUGUGGCGCGAGUAUGAAAGAGAGUUCGCUCCAGACCCAUAUGAGGGACGUGCAUAAGAGCCGCGAGCCCGGAGCGAAGCGGUUCGUUUGCGACAUUUGUGGGCGCGGGAUGAUUUCACAAAUUAGGCUGACUCGCCAUAGGCAGAUUCAUAUCCGGCCGGAGGACGCGGAACAUUUGUGCACCCAGUGUGGGAAAAGGUUCCGGUUGAAGGAAUAUUUGGUCAUUCACAUGUAUUCCCAUGACCCCGAGAGGAAGGGGUAUUACAAGGGGAGGGGGAAGGGUGACCCCCAGCGGAGGGGGUUGGGCGGGGCGAAAAUUGGGAGACCGCCAGUCAAACGGAAGGAAGACGAGGGGGAGGGAGACCAGGAUUCCUUGGGAGAAAUGCAUUCUAAAUAAUCUCUAACGUGUCUAUUUAUUUAAAUAUCUUAAAUUCAGAUAAUAAAAAUGUUCAAUUUUUCAAAUAAA